AUGGGCGCCCUCCUCUCCCUCCCACUGCUGGCGCUGCCCAGCGCUGCUACACUCUGGUCGGUCGGCGCAUCAUGCUGCGGCGCCGCUACCUGCUCGGCCCUUUGCUCGGCAUGUGGCAAGUUCCGCAGCAGCAUUGCGACCCGUAUCGCCUAUGCAGUACUCCUGCUCAUCAAUAGCAUACUCUCCUGGAUCAUGUUGACAGACUGGGCUAUACGGAAGCUAGAGCACCUGACACUCGACUACAUGAACUUCAAAUGCGGGGACAAGGCCUGCUACGGCUACUUCGCCGUUCAGCGCAUCAACUUCGCGCUCGGCUUGUUCCAUCUGGCCCUCUCCAUCUUCCUCAUCGGAGUCACAUCCACCCGGAAUGGAAGAGCAGGCCUGCAGAAUGGCUACUGGGGACCCAAGAUCUUCGUCUGGGCCGCUCUCGUCGUCAUCUCGUUCCUCAUUCCCGAAGGCUUCUUCAUGUUCUACGGCAAAUACAUUGCAUUCGCAGGCGCCAUCCUCUUUGUCCUCCUCGGCCUCAUCCUCCUUGUCGAUCUGGCAUACCAAUGGGCGGACAUGUGUCAAGAACGCAUUGACUCGGCCGAAGACCGCAACGACAACACCUCGCUACGAAUCUGGCAAACCCUCCUCGUCGGCUCGUCCCUCACCAUGUAUCUGGCAGCCUUCGCCAUGACCAUCGUCAUGUACAUCUACUUCGCCGCCAGCCAAUGCAGCAUGAACAUCUCCGCCAUCACGAUCAAUCUCAUCCUCAUCUUAGUCGUCACCUUCAUCUCCGUCCUCCCAGUCGUCCAAGAAUCCAACCCCAAAGCUGGCAUCGGUCAAUCCGCCAUGGUCGCAGUCUACUGCACCUACCUCACCUUCUCCGCUGUGUGCAUGGAACCCGACGACCAAGCCUGCAACCCUCUUGUCCGCGCCCGAGGCGCCCGCACCACCACCAUCGUCCUCGGCGCCCUCGUCACCAUGCUUACCAUCGCCUACACCACCACCCGAGCCGCAACCUACGGCCUCGCCCUCUCCUCCCACAACGCCACGAACGACUCCUACGCCGCCCUCAACCAAGACCCAGACUCACACUCCGAACACGGUCUCGUCACAACCCAACCCGCCUCCCGCCGCGAGAUCAUGCGCGCCGCCAUCGAAUCCGGCGCUCUCCCAGCCUCCGCCCUUGAUGAAGAUAGUGACGACGAAGACGACGUCGUCUCCAAGCGCGACAAAGACGACGAACGCACCGGCACCCAAUACAACUACUCGCUCUUCCACGUUAUCUUCUUUAUGGCCACGUGCUGGGUGGCGACGCUACUCACCCAAGACUUCGAUCCGGAGACGGCGAGCGGAGAUUUCCAGCCUGUGGGACGGACGUAUUGGGCGAGUUGGAUCAAGAUUGUGAGUGCGUGGACGUGUUAUGCGAUUUAUGCGUGGAGUCUGGUCGCGCCAGCGGUGUUGAGUGGAAGGGAGUUUUCGUGA